AUGGCCAAUAUUUACCGUUUCGCCAUUCUUCUCGUUCUCCUCUCCGCCACCGUCGGCUUCUCUGCCGCCGCGUUGGUUGAGGAACAGCCUCUGGUGCUCAAGUACCACAACGGCAUUCUAUUGAAAGGAAACGUCACUCUCAAUCUCAUUUGGUACGGAAAAUUCACACCAAUCCAACGAUCCGUCAUCGUCGAUUUCAUCCGCUCUCUCAGCUCUGCCGCCGCUGCAAAAGGUCCCUCCGUAGCCUCGUGGUGGAAGACGACGGAAAAGUACAAGGGUGGUGCGUCGACCAUAGUCGUCGGUAAACAGCUCCUCCUCGAGAACUACCCUAUCGGAAAAUCCUUAAAAAGUCCCUACCUUCGAGCUCUGUCAAACAAACUUAACGGCGGCGGCGUUCGGUCUAUAACCGUCGUGCUAACGGCGAAAGACGUCACCGUUGAGGGAUUCUGUAUGAAUCGGUGCGGGACUCACGCCUCGAAGGCCCGUUCCGUUGAUGGUGGAGCCUACGUUUGGGUCGGAAACUCUGAGACGCUGUGUCCUGGUUACUGCGCGUGGCCGUUUCAUCAGCCGAUUUACGGACCUCAGUCUCCGCCGUUAGUCGCGCCUAACGGUGACGUCGGAGUUGACGGAAUGAUUAUUAACCUCGCGACGCUGCUGGUUAACACCGUCACGAAUCCGUUUAAAAGCGGUUACUUCAAUGGCCAACAAGAAGCUGUCUCGGCCUGUACCGGGAUAUUCGGGUCGGGUGCGUAUCCGGGUUACGCCGGCCGGGUUCUCGUAGACAGGACUAGUGGAGCGAGUUACAACGCUUUGGGUCUCGCCGGUAGGAAAUAUCUUUUACCGGCGAUGUGGGACCCGGAAACUUCGGCGUGUAAGGCUUUGGUCUGA